GGUAACCUUUAUACAUACAGUAAGUAUCACGGUGCACGCAAUUCUCAAAUUCGAACGACGAAACAGUUUAGCGCCCGUAUAAGAAACCUCACUGCCGGUAAGAAUUAAUUCUCACCUUGGAUUGAAUAUAAUGCCGAAUCAACUUGAUUGUCAAAUUUUGAAUUAGAAGGGAUAGAGAUGAUCGAAACCUUAAUUAACAGUUAUGUAUACCCGGGGAUUACGAUAACCAAAGGAUAAAUAAAGUAUGACGCAAUCAACCCCGCAUAUUCUUACAAACCAUAACGUCAAAAGUACGAGCGAGGUAUAUAGAACAAACCACGAACAAUUAACAGUUAUAUCAACUCGGGGUAACUCGAACCAACAACAACUAAAACUAAUCUUUCACAUAACAAGAAAAAUACCCAAAAACCAUCAAUCACAGAUUCCAAAUUCUCAAUCACCAUCUUCUAUUUCAAGCACAUCUUACCCACCCAUCCCCAAAAAAUGUCCCCCACCACCCCGCGCAUCCUCCUCCUCGGCGGCCACGGCAAAGUAUCUCUCCACCUCACGCCCAAAAUCCUCUCUCGAUCCUGGAACCUCACAUCCCUGAUCCGCAACCCAGAGCACAAACCUGACAUCCUCGCGGCGGCGUCGCGCGCGCCCAAAAGCAGCGCCGGAAACCUCGAGGUACUCGUCUCCAGCAUCGAAGACGUCAAGAGCGAGAGCGACGCGAAGAGUAUUCUGGACCAGGUAAAGGCGGAUUGGGUAAUCUGGUGUGCCGGAGCCGGAGGCAAAGGACCCAAAGACCGCACCUACGCCAUUGAUCAAAACGCGUGUAUCCAUUUCAUCCGGGCUUCUCUCGCCACCCCGUCCAUUACCAAAUUCCUGCUCGUCUCUGCGCUCAUCUGCCGACGCUCGCGCGCGCCAUGGUGGAGCGAAGAAGAUUGGGCAUACGUGAAUAAAGUAAAUACGGAAGUGCUUCCAGAUUAUUACAAAGCGAAACUAGCGGCGGAUCAAGCACUGGUGGUGUUGGGAGAGGAGAGGAAAGACUGGACGUGGAUUAAUUUGAGGCCGGGGACGUUGAGUGAUGAGGAGGAGACGGGGAGGGUUAGUAUGGGGAAGACGACGGGGCAGGGGAAGGUUACCCGGGCGGAUGUGGCCGAGGUGGCGGUGAGGUUGUUGGCGGAGGAGGGGGUGAAGAGUGGGUAUUUUGAUUUGUUGAAUGGAGAGGGGGAGGUGGGGGAGGAGGUGAGGAGGGUGGUGAAGGAGGGGGUGGAUUGUAGGGAUGGAGAGGAGUUUGAAGAUUUGAAGGGGACUGAAUUUUUGAAGCUAUGAAUACCCGAAUUUGGUUCUCUGGAAGGAUUACGCGAUAAUCACCAUUUCAUUCCUCUGAAACCCCAUAUAUGUGGACUAGAUCCUCUUGUAAAGAAAAAGUAUGAAAAGAAAAUUAUUUAUAACUAUGAAGCAUACGUUGAUCA